AUGUCCUCAGUGUCUGUUUCUUCGGCACCAAUUCAAUCGUCGAAAUUUGAUGUUGAAAAGAGGGUUUCAAUAACGCCUGGAAAAAAAGCCGAGCUCCUUUAUUUCCUAAGGAUUUUCAUACUUUUGCUGAUCGGGAUCGUUGCCGUUUGCUCUCGGCUGUUUUCAGUGAUCCGAUUUGAGUCGAUCAUCCACGAAUUUGACCCGUGGUUCAAUUACAGGGCUACAAGAUAUCUUGUGGACAAUGGAUGGUUUUCUUUUCUAAAUUGGUUUGAUGAUACUGCAUGGUAUCCCCUUGGAAGGGUUCUUGGCCACACGGUGUUCCCUGGGAUCAUGGUCACAUCUGCGCUUAUUCACUAUUUGAUGAACUCUAUUCUGGCAAUUGCAAUUGACAUUCGAGAGGUUUGCGUUUUCCUGGCUCCAGUGUUUUCCGCAGCCACGGCCUAUGUCGUAUAUGGUCUUACUCUUGAGAUAGCACCUGAAUCGCCCACCUCGGCUUUACUUGCCAGCAUGUUUAUGGGCGUCAUUCCUGGAUACAUUUCACGGUCCGUUGCCGGUUCAUAUGACAACGAGGCGAUUGCCAUCUUUUUACUUGGCGCAACGUUCCUCAUGUGGCUAAGGGCUGUUCGCCGUGGGUCGGCUGCUUAUGGAAUUUUAGCCGCUCUUUCAUACUUUGCGAUGGUGGCCUCGUGGGGAGGAUACAUCUUCAUUACGAACCUAAUUCCACUUCACGCCCUCACAUUGAUGGCAAUGGGCUACUAUUCAAGCAAUCUUUACAUCGCCUAUUGCACAUACUAUGUUCUCGGCACUGUGCUUUCAAUGCUUAUUCCAUUUGUUGGUACAUACCCAUUAAGAGCUUCGGAUCAUCUUGGAGCGAUCGGUGUUUUCGGACUGAUGCAACUUGUCUCAAUUUGCACGAUUAUAUCCGAACUUUUCCCGGAAAACUCACCGGCUAGGGAAAAGGUUAAAAAGCGCCUCUCGCUUGGCAUUGUAGGGGUGGCUCUUUUUGUUCUUUUCAGCAUAGUGUUUCUCUCGGCAACUGGGGUUAUCUCUUCUUGGGGCGGCAGAUUUAUGAGUCUUUGGGAUACCUCUUAUGCGAAGCGCCAUUCGCCUUUGAUUGCGAGCGUGUCUGAACACCAACCGACGCCGUGGGCCACGUUUUUCCUAGACCUGAAUUUACUGAUGUUUGCCUUUCCUGCUUCGAUUUGGUUGUCCCUUUCUCCUUCCUCUUUCAAAAGCCUCGGAAAAAGAAUAGGAUACAUCAGCGUCGAAGGGGCCGCCUUUUUGAUUCUAUAUGCAGUCACUGGGGCUUACUUUGCAGGCGUCAUGAUCCGUUUGAUUCUGACGCUCGCCCCCAUUAUUUGUAUUGGAGGUGGCAUUGUGUUUGGAGGCAUUCAAGAGCGGAUGUCGACCAGACUACGACGUGGAACUUCAUAUUCUUUGCUUCUCGAUGGUGCUGUUGCUUGUGUGGUGAUGCUUUCGCUAUUCCAAUUUGCUCGCCAUUGCACCUGGGCAACAUCGACGGCAUAUUCGUCUCCCUCCGUCGUGCUUUCGUCCACAGAUCAUACUGGACGCAUGCACAUUGUCGACGACUUUAGAGAAGCUUAUUAUUGGAUCAGGAAAAACACCCCUGCUCGCUCCAAAGUGUUUUCAUGGUGGGACUAUGGGUACCAGCUUGCCGGGUUUUCUGAGCGAGUCACCAUUGUUGACAACAACACGUGGAACUUUACCCACAUCGGCUUGGUGGGCCGUGCUUUUGCUCUUCCAGAGCCAUCUUCUUAUGAAAUACUGCGAGAGCUGGAUGUUGAUUAUGUCCUUGUCAUUGCAGGUGUCGCUUCAGGCUUUUCUGGCGAUGACAUCAACAAGUUUCUUUGGAUGAUCAAGAUUGCAGAGAACGAAUUAGGCCCUGCCUCCAUGGUGUCCGAGGAAGCAUUUUACGGUGCAGGCGGCCAGUAUCGUGUGGAUGCCGCUGGCGCUAGCGAAACCAUCAAAUCUUCGCUUCUUUACAAGCUAGUCUAUCAUGGCUUUGAUGGGCAAAAAGAUUUUGCACGUGGCGGUGCCAUUCUCCCAAAUCCAAUUAGCCCCCUCAAUUCGUUGGAAGAGGUAUAUUCUUCUGAGCGAUUUAUUGUUCGCAUUUUCAAGGUGCGACCUCCUGAUGCGCUUGGCCGCUCGCAUGUUACCGCCCGAGCCUUUGACCGGCGAUAG